AUGGCGCUCGAUGAACUCGUGAUACCGAGAACCGAGGCAUCAUAUGCUCCUGAGGUGAUACAAUGGUCAGACCAUGGUUCUGUGCUGGUUAUCGGUAACACAGACCUUAUCAUACUGGAUCCAAAGAAGCCUAGUGCCAAACAGGUGACGAGUCUUUCACAGUUGCUCAAAGUGUCCAAACUCAGACAACUACUGCAAUUGCAGAAUAACUAUCUGGAGAGUGCGAUCUCAUUAGACGAUGACCAAUCGGUGCAGAGUGUGGCGGAGAUCACAGUGACGAAAGCCUUCUGGUCUCCGGGGGGAGUUACCAAGGAUGCUGGUUGUUUGAUUGUGGUUCUGACAAAUACGAUGCAAGCGUUUGUUAUUGUACAGGAUUCUGAUUGGUCGAUAGUGGAGGAUUUGUCUCAAGUCUUGAAAAGGAGGUUUGAGGUCAAUUUCGACAAUUUCGUGAAACACACUGUACUUGAGAAGCUGAGAAUUCGCUCUUUUGCUUGGAGUGAAGUUAUACCGCAAGAAAAUGGUUUCACUAUUCCUUUAGGCUGUUUUUGUGCUAUUGGAACUGGAUCUCAUGAGGUUUUGGUGUACCACUACAAGAGCACCUUUGAAGAGGAAGUUUCCGUGACAAUUGAAGGUCUAGCAGAAGGCGACUACCCCAAAGACAUAAAAUGGUCACCAUGGGUCAGUAAAGGAGGCAAAUUCUGGUCAUCGCAGCUUCAGAUAAUUUCGUCUCAAAAUUGUUGCGUUUUAAAGGAAUUGUCAUACUCUCAAGGCAAACUUGAGGUUUCUGCUUCCCAAGUAACGCUACUGGUCCCUUCAAGAACGCUUGUAUCUGCCUCGAGUUGGCUCGAAAACGAGAACACGUUGUUCCUCUCAAUUGUCAAGACGAACGCUCUCAUUGUUUAUGUGAUAGACACCAAAUUCGAACUAAAAAGUUAUGAGAUACCAUUGGACACUUAUCGCGCGAUAACUAAUGUGUCAGUAUCGCAUUCACUGGGGCUGAACAUUGUUCUUUCAAACAGUUCUGGAAAUCUAAUAUUCGCACAUUUGAUAGACGAAAAAUUGACGAAGUCUACCUUUGAUUAUCAAAAGGGCCAACUGGAUUUCCUCCCCAUUUCAGGCCUUGCCAACGAACUGGUGGGGUUGCAAAAGAAGCAUGGUUCUGGCUACAGAAUAGCAGGAAUGACCACCAACCCUGCUAAAAACCUGUUGGCGUUCCAUUAUACCAAGACCUCUGACGAUUCUCUUCUUUCGCAGCACAACACAUGGAGGUUGGACUUCAGUUUCAGAGUGGUACCCCUGAGUGAAAAUGACUGGUCGCAUGAAUUGCUCAACACUAAGGCUUACCCAUGCACAAGAUACUCACCACUUUUCAAAAUCCAACAGCUUGAGAUUUUAAAAGGCUCGGGAGUCUUUGGUAAUUUGAUCAUGGAUAAGCUUCAAGGUUUUGAUGAUCGUAUAGAAAUACCAAAACAAACUUCUGAGAGCUUAUCCCGCAAGCUUCAAUCGUUUUUGUUCCAAUCUGACGUCUUGGCAAAAUUGCAACUUAAGAACGUGUUCAAUGGAGAUAGCACAUCUCCCCAGUUCAUAGAGACGAAGAAGAAGAUUCUUUCCGUAAUUGCACAAAUGGUGGUGUCUUCGUGUGUUCCCGAUCAGUUGACACAUCCCGCAGACCUCAUGAUAUACAACAGCAUGGUGAUGGUAUUGAAACCUGGUUCGGUGAAUAAUGCGAAAGUGUCCCUGGAAGAACCUGAGUUCGAGCUUACUGAAAAAUUUGGCUUCAACGGAUUUGAUGUCGAUGUUGCUAUAUCCGACGAGGGCCACGAAUGGGUCAGAUGUGCUUACACCUUGUUACCUCUGAUGACUCCUCAGAUUCUUCAGUGUACAUUCUGCGAAUCCAAAAUGACCGCUGCUGCUGAGGCUGGUUACAUCUUGGAAAGCAUCAGAAAGGCGUUGGUUCUUUGUCCGUACUGCGGAUCUAGUUUCAGCAGGAAAGGGCUAUGA